GCAGCUCGAACUAGCUUUAGCUACUACGUGUGCAAGUGCAAGCAGCUCACUCGUUCGACCAUGGCUGCGAGAGCGGCGCUCCUCCAGCUGGCUGUCAGCCUGGUUAUCCUUGCCGCCGUGGCGAGCGCGAGCGCGACCGACUGCCCACCGCCACCGCUGCCGCCGGCCCCAAAGCCGCCGACGCCCGGCGGCCACCACGGCCACGGGUCGUGCCCCAGGAACGCGCUGAAGCUGGGCGUGUGCGCCAACGUGCUGGGCCUGGUGAAGGCCAAGGUAGGCUCGCCGCCGUACGAGCCGUGCUGCUCGCUGCUGGACGGGCUCGUCGACCUGGAGGCCGCCGUCUGCCUCUGCACCGCCGUCAAGGCCAACAUCCUCGGCAUCAACCUUAACCUCCCCAUCGACCUCAGCCUCAUCCUCAACAACUGCGGCAAGAACUGCCCCAACGACUUCCACUGCGCGUAGAUCAUCAGUCAGUCAGUUAUUGAUCGUCGUCCAUCGCCGGCCGGCCGUGGUUCAUCGUCAUCAUUCCGUUUUGCUUAAUUGUUGAUCGAUCGUCUUCUUCCUGUCAGUCCCAGCAGCUUAUUUAUUUUAAAUUUGUCUCUUUAUACAUAUAUAUGAGUGGUGUGGUUACACUUCUACAUAGCCCAGGCAGCGGCUACGACGCGUGCGUGUAUAUGUCUGGCCUGGGGUGAUCAGUUAAUUACUGAUCGGUGUUGCGCAGUAGUGCAGUACGUAUAUUCUUCAUUUGUAGUCAUGACGAUCUGUUUGCAUGGUUCGUUCAAUAAAUGAAGUUGACAAGUUGUACUUUCUUUCUCA